AUGUUUGGGUCAAGGAGGAAAAAGGGUGCGCCCCUGCCGCCCCUCAACGCCACGACUGCAAACCCCAACGCUGCCACUGCCGCUCUGUCCGCGUUCAAGCGCCGCGGAUCGAACAGCUCGCUAUCAGCCGCCGCCGCUGCCGCCGCCCUCAAGGCGCGACCGACGACACCCACCAACGUCGCCGAGGUCCAGACGAAGCGGACGGCCCGCAGGUCAGCAUCUGUUUCCUCAGCCGGGACGGCGCCCGAGCUCGGUGACCGGCCAGGCUCAGGCCUCCAGCGACGGGGGAGCUCCGGGUCGCUGACGGAGCGCACGUUCCGGUCGCAAUCGCCGCACCGCCCGUCGAGCAGUGGAGGCCAGCCGAGAUCGUCCUUCAACACGGAGGACAUGCCGCCGGUCCCGUCCAUCCCGAAGGAUGUGGAGGCCAGAGAGAGCGCAAAGGCCGGCAAGAAGAGCCUCGGGUUCAAGAGCCCGCCGCUGCGCGUCGCGUCGCAGAAGCUGGGCAAGGAAGCCUCGGGAUCAUGGUUCGGCAGCGCAAAGGCCGGGGAUCCGUCUAAUGUGCGGACGUCAGACGCCCCGCUGACGAACCCGCAGCCGCUGGAGAAGGAGAGAGAAGGACGGCCGAGUAGUCGCGGGUCAUCCAUCAACUUCUCGUAUCCGGCGCGGGUGCGGCUAGGCUCGCCGCCGCCAGACAGUCCCACGAUCGCGGAGGAGGAGUCAAGAUCACAGCAGCCCCCGCCGGCUCCCCCGGCUCCUCAGCCUGAAGUGCAGAGACGGACAAGCAAGCGCGCCUCGACGCUCUCACCCGCUAGAGGCGGCGGAGUUCGAUCACCGCGACCUGCGUCUAUCGCGUCAGACAGGGAGUUGGUAUACGACCCUAAUUCUCGGAGAAUGGUUCCUCGAGCGGAUCUACUUGCUGUGGAGCAGAACGUUAUUGAUGCCUCAGAGAGGCGUCCCAAGAAGCAGAAGCAGGUGGCCUCGAGAGCUGGCUCGCACCUGGCACAGGGGACUAUGGGUCGGCCUCACGGGAGCGCAGUCGACAAUGGAGUGGAGAACGAGGCACAGAAAGCUGCCGCUGCUUCAUUGAGAUCUCACAGAGCUGAGGAACAUCAUCGUGCCCCUCAAGAGGAUGAGUAUGAGUACGAGUACGAGCAACCUGCUAUGGAAGUUGUCCCAGCCUCACCAAGACAAACGCAUCGGAAAAUCAUCUCGCCGGAGCCUACACGCCAGGGCCAGCGAACGUCUUUGUCCCCAGCAUCAACCUAUCGCGAUCCCGCAUGCCGCACCUGCUGA